AGAUUAAGAUCAGAUAUCACUGGCAACCCCGUUGAAAAAAUAUGGGUUUCCAAAGAAACAUAUUGGGUUUCCUUUUCUUGAUAUUGGCUUCACUAACAAGCCUCUCUUCUAGCCUUCCUAGUGAAUACUCCAUAGUGGAACAUGAGAUUGACGCAUUUCUUUCGGAGGAAAGGGUGUUGGAGAUCUUCCAACAGUGGAAAGAAAAGCAUCGGAAAGUGUACCGGCACGCCGAGGAGGCUGAGAAAAGGUUUGAAAAUUUCAAGGGGAAUUUGAAGUAUAUCCUAGAGAGGAAUGCAAAGAGAAAAGCAAACAAAUGGGAACAUCAUGUGGGAUUGAACAAGUUUGCUGAUAUGAGCAAUGAGGAGUUCAGAAAAGCUUACUUGUCAAAGGUGAAAAAGCCCAUCAACAAAGGGACAACCCUGUCAAGGAACAUGAGGAGAAAGGUGCAGUCUUGCGAUGCACCCUCAUCCUUGGAUUGGAGGAACUAUGGAGUUGUGACUGCUGUCAAGGACCAAGGUUCUUGUGGAAGUUGUUGGGCAUUCUCAUCAACUGGAGCCAUGGAAGGAAUCAAUGCCUUAGUUACUGGAGACCUAAUUAGCCUUUCAGAACAAGAACUUGUAGAUUGUGAUACCAGCAACUAUGGGUGUGAAGGAGGAUACAUGGACUAUGCUUUCGAAUGGGUUAUAAACAAUGGCGGGAUCGAUAGCGAAAGCGACUACCCCUACACUGGUGUGGAUGGCACAUGUAACACCACCAAGGAGGAAACCAAGGUUGUAUCUAUUGAUGGCUACCAAGAUGUAGAGCAAUCAGAUAGUGCUCUUUUAUGUGCCGUUGCUCAGCAACCUGUUAGUGUGGGAAUUGAUGGUUCCGCCAUUGAUUUUCAACUUUACACUGGUGGAAUUUAUGAUGGGAGCUGCUCGGAUGAUCCAGAUGACAUUGAUCAUGCUGUUUUAAUAGUUGGUUAUGGUUCAGAAGACAGUGAAGAGUAUUGGAUAGUGAAGAAUUCAUGGGGAACAAGUUGGGGGAUAGAUGGAUAUUUCUAUCUAAAAAGAGACACUGAUUUACCAUAUGGUGUUUGUGCUGUCAAUGCCAUGGCUUCUUAUCCAACUAAACAAUCCUCUUCACCAUCCCCUUAUCCAUCGCCAAGUGUUCCUCCACCGCCACCUCCUUCAACUCCACCACCACCACCACCUCCAUCUCCUUCACCAAGUGAUUGUGGAGACUUUUCCUAUUGUUCAAGUGAUGAGACAUGCUGUUGCCUUUUUGAAUUCUAUGAUUAUUGCCUAAUAUACGGCUGCUGUGAAUAUGAAAAUGCUGUUUGCUGUACUGGAACUGAAUACUGCUGCCCUAGUGAUUACCCCAUUUGUGAUGUCCAAGAAGGACUCUGCCUCAAGAACACUGAAGACUAUCUGGGAGUAGCAGCUAGGAAGCGAAAGGUGGCUAAACACAAAUUACCAUGGACUAAAAUAGAGGAAACAGAGAAGACAUACCAGCCUCUGCAAUGGAAAAGGAACCCUUUUGCUGCAAUGCGUUGAAAAAAGUGAAAAAUUACAUAUCAUCUCUUAAACCUUGAAGGUUGUUUUCACCUUUUUUAUUUUUCUUUCAUUUUUGCCUUUUCAUUUCCAGCAAGCAAAUCCAUGCAGAUAAGACUAAGAAAGGGGCAUAUUUGUUUAGAUGAUGCAUUUGAAUUUGGAAACUGUGUUUGUCAUUCUUCACCAGUGGGGUAUUAAAACUACUAUGCUUUUGUUUA